CGCGGGAAUGCAACCUUUACUAUGCCAGAAACAGGGUGCAGAGGUAUCAGCAGGGCGGAUAUGGGCGGGUCUUAGAGGAACCAGCGAGUGCUGAGCCAAUGAUACCGACCUCGCCAUUGUUUGAUAAUCGAUGUCGAGGCUGGAUCGAACUAUGAGUGUCACAAUGGAGGUCGACCGGCUUCGACGGCUCGACGCGUCAAGGGACGACGUGGAGAGGGGGCUCAACGGGCUGACUGACACCUGGAGUGUAAGCGUCAUUGGGUUGCUUUGGCUCAUCCUGAGUCGUAUACGUAGGAUAGCAGCCUCAAUGAUUUGCACUAAAUUACCCCGACCGAACCUUUGCUCCACGCUCUUCCCGCAUGGUGGAGCUAAUGAUCUUCGGGUACUCAAUGAGCUACCGUUGGUGAGCUGGUUGGCCUGAACAUUGGAAUGCUGGGCUUAGGAAGAAUGCACACCCCCCGUAACAAUGUGUGGACAGAAGGAUUUGGCAUUCUGGAUCAAAG